AUGUUGGGAACAAAGGACAACUCUAUGCUGGUCAAUGUCACCGUACACAAUGGUGGAGAGGACUCAUAUGAGACGAAAUUGUAUUUUGAUGUUCCUGAAGCUCCAAGCUGUUCCCCUACGACCGACGAACCAGAUGAAGAUGGCAAGUGGACGUUUGCCUGUGAGUUGGGAAAUCCACUACCACAGCAUAAAACAUUGUCUACGGCGGUGAGAAUCACAGCCAACGAACAAAAACCGCCAUUAAAACCAAUUGAGAUCCGAGCUUUUGUCAACAGGUACUAGUC